AUGUCGUCAGUAAAGAAUGUUAAACGACGGAAGCUAUCCCAUACGUCCUCAAAGCCCGCCCCGGAUGAUGCGUCUUCAGGCUCAGAGCUCGAACAGGAAGCUCUAGAAGAGGGCAGCGACGAAACAGCAGACACAAAAGUGCCCAAGACCUUCAAGGACUUGGGGAUAAUCGACUCAUUAUGUGACGCUUGUACGUCGCUAGGAUAUAAAGCCCCAACUCCGAUUCAAGCUGAAUCUAUACCUUUGGCACUACAGGGGAGAGAUUUGGUGGGGUUGGCUGAGACGGGAAGUGGAAAGACUGCGGCUUUCGCAUUGCCGAUUCUCCAAGCUCUUAUGGAAAAGCCACAACCUUAUUUUGGGCUUGUUCUAGCACCCACUCGUGAAUUGGCGGUACAGAUAUCAGAAUCAUUCGAAGCCUUGGGAUCUCUUAUUUCUGUCAGAUGCGCCGUCAUAGUGGGAGGAAUGGAUAUGAUAUCACAAUCAAUAUCUCUCGGGAAAAAGCCGCAUAUUAUCGUUGCGACGCCUGGAAGACUCCUUGACCACCUGGAGAAUACCAAAGGGUUCUCGCUGCGCAAUUUGAAGUACCUAGUAAUGGACGAAGCGGAUCGACUACUCGACUUGGAUUUUGGCCCUGUUUUGGAUAAGAUAUUAAAAGUACUUCCACGCGAACGUCGAACGUACCUGUUCUCCGCUACCCUGAGCUCCAAAGUCGAGUCUUUGCAGCGCGCCUCGCUUUCAAACCCCCUUCGAGUUUCUAUAUCUUCCAACAAGUACCAAACAGUCUCAACACUUCUGCAAUCAUACAUCUUUAUCCCUCACAAGUACAAGGACAUCUACCUUGUGCACAUACUAAACGAAUUCCCUGGGCAAACUACCAUAAUUUUCACUCGAACCGUCAACGAAACACAACGUCUUUCCAUCCUCCUGCGUGCACUGGGAUUCGGCGCCAUCCCUCUUCACGGUCAAUUAUCCCAGUCAGCUCGUCUUGGAGCCCUCGGCAAAUUCAGGUCUGGAAGCCGAGAUAUCCUGGUAGCUACUGAUGUUGCAGCGCGAGGCCUUGAUAUUCCCGCUGUCGACCUGGUGUUGAAUUUUGAUCUACCUUCUGACAGCAAGACAUACAUUCAUCGUGUUGGUCGUACCGCUCGUGCAGGCAAGAGUGGACGAGCAAUUAGCGUCGUGACGCAAUACGAAGUCGAGAUAUGGCAGCGAAUCGAAGCUGCGUUGGGCAAGCAACUGCCGGAGCACAAGACGGAGAAGGAGGAAGUGAUGGUGUUGAGUGAUAGGGUAGGGGAUGCCCAGCGACUGGCAGUGACGGAGAUGAAAGAUCUCCAUGAGAAACGAGGGACGAAGGGUGCGACGCUUCGGGGCCGCCGAAAAGGGGAUUCCAAGAGGGGGAGAGAUGACAUGGAUCGAGAGGAGAAAUGA